UUGAAAGAAACAAGCAAAGCACAAUGUCCGCCACCUGGUCCACUGGUCUCUUCUCGAUCUUCGACGACAUGCAGAUCUCCCCGUCCCGCUCAUGCUCAACAACGCCCCGCUCAUGCUCAACAACGCCACCGAGAUCCUCGGCGGAAAGGCUGCCUUCGGCCUCGACGGCGAGUCGUGCGCCAAGCCCUGCUUCUCGGCUGGCUGCCGUGGCACUGAUGGUGUUUUCUGCACCAACGGCGUCAUCUUCCAGAUCCUCCCCUGCGUUUACAUUAUGUGGCGCUCUGCCCUCCGUACCAAGUACGGCGUCCAGGGCAACAUGCUCGGCGACAUCAUCGCUUGCUGCCUUUGCUACCAGUGCGCUGUCAUGCAGGAUGCUCGUGAGCUCAAGCUCAAGGGUGCCCUCUACCACGACGCCAAGCCCCCGCAGGCCUAAACUGCGCGUUGGUGAUCCUGCCCGCGCUUGCUCAAAGUCAUCCUCUGCUCAGUGUGCCGGCAUGACCCAUCGGUCCCUUCGAUGUCGUGCCUGAGUGUCUUGUUCCCUCUUUUUGUGUGCUUCCUUUUGCUUCUCCCCCUUGUUGUGUUGGCGCAUGAUGGCUUUAUGGUGUUGCGAUUGUUUUCAAAUGUCAGUUCGAUUUCCCCCCUUU